GCCUGCGAUGGCGGUGUUGGGUGCAUCCCGCGCCACGUGACCGCCUCCCAGCCAACCAAUGGAGGAGCGAGGCGGAAAAUUUCGAAUGUGGCGGCGGUAGUUCCAGGCGACGGGGGACGGUGGUACGGUCCUGGAGGGCUCAGCGCGCGGGGCUCGCGCGUUGCGGGAGAGCUUCGAAGAGCCUUGAAAUGUGAGGAGGAGGAAGAUAACUGUUGCAGAAGUAGUGGCCAAGGUAUCGUUCUGGACCCGCCUGCGGCAGGAGGGUCGCCGCGUCCACUUCCGCCAGCCCCACCUCCCGUCGGCCUUCCUGGAGUCCCUGAAAGAGGAAGAAGUAGGUUUUAAGGUGCGAAACAAGGGCGUAGUGAUCCCUGUUUGACUUCCCUUCGGUUUUCAGUAUCAUUCUAAAUUCGGUGGCCGAAAGCUCGGUCUGUGGAGUCUCACUCGCCGCGCGCUUUUCGCCGUUCAGCCGCUCGAUCUGCGCUUUCAGAUGUUCCGGCUUCGUCUUAUGUUAAAUAAAUGGAGACCCUAAUUUCCUGCUUUGCAAAAUUGUGUAGAUUAAGUGACGUGCAAAUAAAGCUUUUUACAAUAGCUAAAAGCCUGGCUCAACAUAAGGACACAAAAUUGACAGCAGUUCUUUGUGCAGCGUGAUAACCGUUGACGUCCUCCUUGUCCAGGCUAUUCUCUUCCUCACUUACCCUGGAGAGGGUGGCACUGACUAGUAUCCUACCUGGCUGUCUUCGCAGCAGGACUAAUUGGAGAAUUAUGGACGGAGAUCAAAUAUGCUAGGUUCUUUUGAAUCCAGAGUGCUUACACGAGUACUGUACAGAUUGAGACCGUCAUCUCGCGCUGUGGUCUGUCUUUGCUUUCAUCCCUUCUGUCUACCACACCCCCUGCUAAUACCAUCACCUUAUUUAGACAGGAUAUAAAACUUUUGAUAUGGCAAGUUUCUUUUGUGGUUUUUAACUUGAUUAAAGGUAAUAACGAAAACUUUUUAGGCAAAAGAUGGCCAAGGAAAGAUGCCUGAAAAAGUCCUUUCAAGAUAGUCUUGAAGACAUAAAGAAGCGAAUGAAAGAGAAAAGGAAUAAAAACUUGGCAGAGAUUGGCAAACGCAGGUCUUUUAUAGCUGCACCAUGCCAAAUAAUCACUAACACUUCUACACUGCUGAAAAAUUACCAAGACAACAACAAAAUGUUAGUUUUAGCUUUGGAAAAUGAAAAAUCCAAAGUGAGAGAAGCCCAAGAUAUCAUCCUACAGCUGAGAAAAGAAUGUUACUAUCUCACAUGUCAGCUAUAUGCAUUGAAAGGAAAGCUUACAUCACAACAAACAGAAGAACCUGCUCAGAACCAGGAAAUAUGUUCCUCUGGAAUGGACCUCAAUAGUGAUGACAGCUCCAGAAAUGUAUUCGUGAAGGAUUUACCGCAAAUUCCUCUUGAAGAAACUGAACUUCCAGGACAAGGAGAAUCAUUUCAAAUAGAAGAUCAGAUACCUGCUGUUCCUCAAGACACACUGGGAGUUGAUUUUGAUUCAGGUGAAGCUAAGUCCACUGAAAAUGUCUUACCUAGAACUGUAUCUGUCCGUAGCAGUUUAAAGAAACAUUGUAACAGUAUAUGUCAGUUUGAUAGCUUGGAUGAUUUUGACACCAGUCAUUUGGCAGGGAAGUCUUUUGAAUUCGAAAGAGUUGGAUUUUUAGACCCACUAGUAAACAUGCACAUACCUGAAAAUGUACAACACAAUGCUCAUCAGUGGAGCAAGGACCAAGUUAACUUAUCGCCAAAGCUGAUUCAGCCAGGAACAUUUACUAAAACAAAAGACAUUUUAGAAUCUAAAUCUGAACAAACUAAAAGUAAGCAAAGAGAUACACAAGAAAGAAAAAGAGAAGAGAAAAGAAAAGCUAACAGGAGAAAAUCAAAAUGUAUGUCAAAAUAUAAAGAGAAUAAAAGCGAAAAUAAAAAAACUGUUUCCAAAAAAAAAAUGCACAAAUCUGCCAGUUCCAAUGACGCUUACAAUUUUAAUUUGGAAGAGGGUGUUCAUCUUACUCCUUUCCGACAAAAAAUGAGCAAUGACUCUAAUAGAGAAGAAAACAACGAGUCUGAAGUGACCCUCUGUGAAUCAAGUGGUUCAGGAGAUGAUUCCGAUGACCUCUAUUUGCCCACUUGCAAGUACAUUCAGAAUCCCACCAGUGAUUCAGAUAGAAGACCAGUCACCAGGCCUCUAGCUAAAAGAGCACUGAAAUACACAGAUGAAAAAGAGACGGAGGGUUCUAAGCCAACAAAAACUCCUACCAGUACACCACCUGAAACUCACCAGUCACCUCAUCUUAGCCUGAAGGAUAUCACCAAUGUCUCCUUGUAUCCUGUUGUGAAAAUCAGAAGACUUUCUCUUUCUCCAAAAAAGAAUAAAGCAAGCCCAGCAGUGGCUCUGCCUAAACGUAGGUGCACAGCCAGCGUGAACUAUAAGGAGCCCACCCUCGUUUCGAAACUGAGAAGAGGGGACCCUUUUACAGAUUUGUGUUUUUUGAAUUCUCCAAUUUUCAAGCAGAAAAAGGAUUUGAGACGUUCUAAAAAAAGUAUGAAACAAAUACAAUGAAGGUUUUGUUGGAUAUUGUUUAAAUUCAAUCUACACCUCUUUCGGUUGCUUCAGGAGAGGAUCUGUAAGAGUACACAAACGGAGUGAGCCAUUGCCAUAGAAUAUUCUCUUGACAGGACCCUAGCUCAUAAACAUUUCUUCAGAACUAUACUUCAAAUGGGAUGCUUUGUAUUAAAACUUUAAUAAAUUUAAUUUAUUUUUUCUUUUGAAUAUAAAUAACUGAGCUUAAACAUUAUCAUCAUAUCGAUUUCUUAUGCUGCCUAAACCUCUUAAUUUUUUAAGUCAAAAUAUAUCUUUUUUUUUUUUUUGGAGGCGGAGUUUCAUUCUUGUUGCCCAGGCUGGAGUGCAAUGGCGUGAUCUCAGCUCACCGCAACCUCUGCCUCCUAGGUUCAAGCAAUUCUCCUGCCUCAGACUCCCGAGUAGCUGGGACUACGGGCAUGUGCCACUACGCCCGACUAAUUUUGUAUUUUUAGUAGAGACAGGGUUUCUCCAUGUUGGUCAGGUUGGUCUCGAACUGUCAUCCUCAGGUGAUCUGCCCGCCUCAGCCUCCCAAAGUGCUGGGAUUACUGAGCCACUGCGCCCAGCCCGAAAUGUAUCUUAUACAAACAUUGUAGAAAUGAAUAAUGAUUACUCAAAUUAAGAUAUUUUAAUUAUAAGCUUCUGGCAUCUCUAUUUUUCCCUUAAGUAGGGGAUACUAAAGUGAAUGAUUUUCUAAGAGGAUCUUUUGAAACUCUUUAGUACAAUAUUUGAGUAAAAUAAAUUAUUGUGGAUCUUUUGAAACUCUGUGUAGUAUUCGAGUAAAAUAAAUAUUUGACAUUUACAGUAGGGUACACCCUAAGUUGUUUAUGAAUUCCUUAUACCACUGUUGUAUUUAAUUUUUCAGAUAAAAUAUGUAUGGGAAAAUGACUAGAGAAAUUGAUUCUUUUUUAGGCUCAGGGACAAGAUAAGUGACUAAUUGUGAACCCCAAGCUCUAAUUGUAUGUUCAGAGUGAUGUCUCCGUAAAAUUACAAAUGUCACGUACUUUCAGGGUAGCUCCUUAUUUAGUCAGAAAUCUCAAAGAUUAAAUGUGUGAAUAUUUAGGGUUUUUGCAUAUUUUUGAUCAACCAAUGAAAGGGAAUUAGUUCAGUUUAGAAAGUUUGAUGUCUAUACUUGUAUAUACCUCUUUAAAUUUUAGAACUUUGUAGGUUAUUCAUUUUUAAAGAGCAAUAAAGUUUGUAUAAGAUAAUGAUUGCUUUCCUUCUGUUCUUUAACUAUCAAAAAUAGAGUAUCUCUCUUUCUUCACUAUUCUCAUCCUUGGACAUUUCCUCUCCCCUUCCCUUGGUAUUCUCUUUUUUGGCGGGGUGUGUGUUCUAGGUGAGUUAAUCCUUAGUAUUUUCGGUAGUCAUUGCUAUGAAACUCUCAGCUUCCCCUUAAUACUUUCAACCUAACACUUCUCUCUCCCAACUUAUCUCUGUGUAAUCUCCCCGCUCAUGAUUAACAAAUUAUAAUUGUAUUGGGGGACUGUUCUAAUCCUGAUAUCUCAGAUUUUCUUGGCUGUUAUCUCCCUAUCUUUCUGUAUUCUAUGUCAGUCAGAGCCGAAAUCCUUUUUAUCACCACAAAUUUUUCUAUCCACCACAUCACUGAUUCAUACACUCUAGUUUCCCAUCACAGUCUCUUAAUUUUUCAGUUUUUUUUCUUACUACUGCCUUUGUACUUAUUCUUUAAUUUCAUGGAAACACUAGAGUAGCUAUCUUAAACUAAGACUACAGACCAUUAAAAAGUCAGUUUCUCGGCCAGGCACGAGAAACUACUAACACCUGUAAUCCCAGCACUUUGGGAGGCCAAGGCGGGCGGAUCACGAGAGGUCAGGAGAUUGAGACCAUCCUGGCUAAUACGGUGAAACCCCGUCUCUACUAAAAAUACCAAAAAUUAGCCAGGCGCCUGUAGUCCCAGCUACUCAGGAGGCUGAGGCAGGAGAAUGGCGUGAACCCGGGAGGCGGAGCUUGCAGUGAGCCGAGAUCGUGCCACUGCACUCCACCCUGGGUGACAGAGUGAGACUCCAUCUCAAAAAAAAACAGUUUCUCAGCCCGUGUAACCACCUUUCAAGUGAUCAGUAGCCACAUGUGGCUAGUGGUUACCAUAUUAAACAAUUGAGGAAAUAUUGAACAUUUCCAUCAUCACAGAAAGUACAGUUGGACUAUGGGCCAAAUCUAGCACACCACCUGCUUCUGGAUGGUCUUUAAGCUAAGAAUAGUUUUUACAUUUUUAAAUAGUUGAAAAAAAAAACAGCAAACAUUUGAAAUCAAUUUUAAUGAUAGAAGCACUAACUUUGAACCCCAGUAAAGUACAUUAUAUUCUUGAGUUUGCCUCUUGGCCUACAAUCCUAAAAUAUUUACUUUCUGGUCUUUACCAAAAAAGUUUGCCAACUCCUGCUCUAGACCAUUGAGUACUUUACUUUUGCCUUAAAGAUCAUUCUGCUCUGACACUCUGAUCUAGCUUUGAUCCUUACCUUCCCUUCAUCCCCAAAGUCAAUCAUUAUCCUAAAAUCAGUGUUGAAUUGUUUGUAUUUUUAGUGUUCCUAUAGUCUUGCUGUCAUAUUUGUUCAUAGGCUUUUAAGUAUUGUUUUAUAUCUUAACCUUUUAUAUGAAUAUUGCACACAUCGUUUUACAACUGACUUUUAACUCAGCAUUGUUUGAGAUUUAUCCAUGUUGGCAGAUGUAGAUUAUUUUCAUCAUUGUACAGUUUAUUAUAUAAAUCAGACUUACCUUCUUUUGAGACACAAUUCAUUUCCACUUUAUUAUUUACAAAUCAGUGCUGCAGUGAAUAUUCUGCAUCUUUGUACACUUAAAGUGCUUAACUUUCUAUAAAGUUAAUACCUAGAAGUGGAGUUGCUUGGUUGUAGAGUAUAUUGAACUUUAACUUUAGUAUGAGUUAGGAAAUUGCUUCCUACAGUGGUUCCACCAAUUCUGUUAUAAGGAGUAUAUCACUCUCCUAACAGCAAUUUCUAAGUUCCAGUAGCAUCACACACUAUCGAUCACUUAGUUUUAUUAGACAUUAAAAUUAGCCAAGCCAGGAAGUAUGAAAUUAUUUCUGUCUUUGUUUUAAUUACUAUGAACUUGUAUCUGAUUGAUUUAAUUAUUUAUGAGAAUUCAAGUGUUUAUUAUUCUCAUUUCUUCCUUUAUGAAUUAUUAUAUCUUUUGCCUGCUUUUCUAAUAGAAUGUAAAACUAUGGAUUUUUUAUAUAGUCUACACACUAUUCCUUUUUUUCUGUUGACGUGUAUUCUAAGUAUCUUUCCCCAAUCUCUGCCCUUUUUUAUACCUUGCUUAUAAUUCCCUUUGAUAUUUAGGAGUUUUAAAUAUUAGUAUUGUCUACCACCUUCUUCCUUAAGAUUUUAUCUAAAAUUUGUACAUUUUUGUUUUUCACUUUAAGGUCUUUAAACCAUAUGGCAUUUAUUUUGAGGACUAGGGAUCUAAUUUUAUUUUUUCCCAUGAGGAUAACCAGUUGUCCCAGCACAAUUCAUUGACUAAUGUCUUCUUUCCCCAUUGCUGAAUAUUCCUAGCUUUGUCAUAGAAUGGGCUUGUUUCCAUUGCUUUAUUUGUUUAGCUUUAUGCUGGGUAUAUUGUAUAGUCACAAUUUUUUUGUGUGUUGGUAGGGGUGGUAAAUAUACAUAGAAUUUAUCAUUUGAUCUUUUUAAAUUUUAUUUUUAUUUUUUUAUUCUCACUCUGUCACCUAGGCUGCAGUGCAGUGGCCAAUCAUAACUCACUGUAGCCUCAAACUCCUGGGUUCAAAGGAUCCCCUUAACCUAGGACUACAAGCGUGCACCACUGCACCUGGCUAAUUUUUUUUUUUUUUUUUGGUAGAGAUGGGGACUGGCUGUGUUUCCUAGGCCAGUCUUAAACUCCUGGCCUCAAGCAAUCCUCCCAUCUUAGCCUCCCAAAGUGCUAGGAUUACAGGCAUGAGCCACCACGCCUGGCCAUUUUGAUCAUUUUAUUUGUAAAGUUCAGUAGCAUUAAGUACAUUCACAUGAUUGCGCAACCAUCACUACCCUUUUCCAGAACUUUUUCUUCUUCCCAAACUAAAACUCUAUACCCAUUGAACAAUCACUCUCCCUUCUACCCUUUCUCCCAACCUCUGGUAACCACUACUUUUACUUUCUAUCUCUAUGAAUUUGACUGUUCCAGGUACCUCACAGAAAUGGAAUCAUAGGAUAUUUGUCCUUUGUAUCUGGCUUACUUAGCAUAGUAACCUCAAGGUUCAUCCAUGUUAUAGCAUGUUUCAAAAUUUUAUUCCUUUUUAAGGUUGAGUAAUAUCUCAUUGUAUGUAUACAUAUUUUCUUUAUCCAUCAAUGAACAUUUAAGUUUGUAUAUCUUUGAAGAAAUGUCUAUUCAAAUCCAACAGGUUGUUUUUUGUUGUUGUGUUUUAGUCUUUAUAUAUAUUAGUUAUUAGUCCCUUAUUAGAUAUGUGAUUUCCAAAUGUCCUCCCCCAUUCUGUUGGUUGCCUUUUUACUCUGUUGAUAGUGUCCUUUGAUGUACAAUAGUUCUGAAAUUUGAUUGAAUCCAAUUUGUCUAUUUUUUCUUCUGUUUUCUUCUAAGUCAUAAUUUUUUUAAUACAUAGGUAGGAUUUGUUUGCUAACUUUUUUUUUUGUUUUUGAGACGGAGUCUCGCUCUGUCAGCCAAGCUGGAGUGCAGUGGUACAAUCUUGGCUCACUGCAACCUCCACCUCCUGGGUUCCAGCGAGUCUCCUGUCUCAGCCUCCCAAGUAGCUGGGAUUACAGGUGUGCGCCCACCAUGCCCAGCUAAUUUUUGUAUUAUUAGUAGAGUCGGGGUUUCACCAUGUUGGCCAGGCUGGUCUCAAACUCCUAACAUCAAGUGGUUCGCCUGCCUUGGCCUCACAAAGUGCCGGGAUUACAGGCGUGAGCCACUGCGCCUGGCCAACAUUUUGUUUAGGAUUUUUUGUAUCUAUGAUCAUCAGUAAAAUUUGCCUAUAUAAUUUCUUGUAUACACCUUGUAUUUUUGGUAUCAAGGCUAUACUAGCAAUGUUUUCUCUUUUUACUCUGUGGGAACAAAUUGUACCUGUUGAGGGUUUGGUGAACUUGACACCAAAACCACCUUAUCUUUCUAUGUUUUCAUGGGGAAAUUUUGUACUAGUUUUUUAAUAAUUAUAAGUCUUACACGUUCUCUAAUUCUUCUUGAAUCUGUUUAAUUUUUCUCCCUUGGGAAUUGUAAAUGUACAUGUAUUGUGAUAACUGCUAUAAUUUUCUGUUAUUGAAUUUUUUUUGCUUUAUAUCUGCUACAAUUUGGUUUCUCCAAAUCCCAUGUUGAAAUCUGAUCCCCAGUGUUGCUGGGGGAUCUAAUAGCAGGUGUUUGGGUCAUGGGAACAGGUUCCUCAUGAAUGAAUGAAUGCCCUCACUGGGAGGAGGGGAUAAGUAAGCUCUCACUCAUUUAGUUACCAAGACAGCUGGUUGUUUAAAAGAGCCUGGUGCCCCUUUUCUCUUGCUUCCUUUCUUGCCAUGUGAUCUCUGCACAUGCCAGCUCCCCUUUGCCUUCUACCAUGAGUGGAAGCAGCCUGAGGCUUUCACCUCAUGCCCAAUCUUCCAGCCACCAGAAUUGUAAGCCAAAUAAACAUUUUUUCUUUAUAAAUUAUCCAGCUUCGGGUAUCCCUUUAUAGCAACACAAAUGAACUAAGAAACUACUCUGCUUUUUCUUUAUGUCAUUUUGAUAAUGGUCAAAUUCUGUGUUUUCCUUAAAAUGAAUUCAAUUUUGCCCUCAUUCCUGAGGUAUAGGUUAAGAGUUACUAAUUUUCUUACAGGCUUGAUUUUGUUGUUGAGAAGUCUAGUCAUUCUAAUUUUUCUUCAUAUUUUGUUAGUUUGUCCCUUAGCAUUUCAUAUUCUUGACUUAUUAUAAAUGUAUUAUUUUUAAUUUUCCAUUAUUUUGCUGCUAGUUUAUGGAAUACAAUUGAUUUUCAUAUCUAGACCUUGCUAAAUUCAUUCACUAGUUCUACUACCAUGUUUUGCAGUUCCAUUAGGAUUUUUUUUGUACAUGAUCUUAAUUAAAGCCUACACGUAAAGACAAUUUACUUCUUUCUAUUUUGCAUGUCUUCUUGCUUUACUGCACUGACUAGAACUUCCUCCAUAAUGUUGAAUAGGGGUGAGAAGAGCAGUUAUCUUUGCCUUUUUCUUGACUUUGGGAGGAAGCAUUUGGUCCUAGGGCAUUACUGUGAUAUUAGCUGUAAGUGAUCACUAAUAACCUUUCUCAGACUGAAGACAUUUCCUUGUAUUCUUUCUUUGCUGGGAGGUUUUUUUCCUUUUUUCUUUUUUUAAUCUUGAGUGACUGUUGAACUUUGUCAGCUACGUUAUUGAGAUGACAUUUUUUUCUCCUUUAUUCUCUUAAUAUGGUGAGUUAAAUCAAUGGAUUUCCCAUGUUAAAGCAACCUUGAGUUAAUGGGAUAAAUCCAUCACUCGGUCAUAACAUCAUUUUUGUAUAUUGCUGAAUUUUAUUUGUUAAUAUUUUGUUAAAGAUCUUCACAUCUACGUUUGUGAGAGUUAUUGGUCUAUAAUUUUCUUGUGGUUUUUUAAAUUUUUUCUAGCUUUGGUUAUCAGAGUAAUAAUACCAGCCUCAUAAAAGGGGUUCACAAGUCUUUCCACCUCCUCUGUUUUCUGAAAGAGUGUGUAGAUUGAUACUUUCUUGAAUGUUUGACACAUUAAUGAGACUAUUUGUGCUAGGACUUUUGUUUUUAGAAACAUUUUAAAUUAUGAAUUCAUUUUUAAAGUUGAUGUAGAAAUGUUUAGGUUUUCUGUUUCUUUAGGCAGUUUUGCUAUUUGUGUUAUACAAGGACUUUGUUCAUCUAAGUUAUCAAAUUGUUAGACAUGUUAUUCAUAAUAUUCCCUUGUACUUUUUGUCUUGCAUGUAAGAGCUGUAAUUAUCCUCCUCUCUUUCAUUCCUGAUAUUGAUAACCUUUUUCCCGUUUGCCCCAAGAAUAUUCACUGGCAGCACUUGCAGCUGCAG